GAGCCACACAGAAACUGUCUGAGGUCAGCGGGGAGCCCAGAUCCUAUGGAGGCGGCCGGCUGCAGCUACCAAUUUCGGAUCGCGCUGCUCGGGGACGCAGGGGUGGGCAAGACGUCACUGCUACGGUGUUACGUGGCGGGCGCGCGGGGGGCGGCGGAGCCGGAUCCCGAACCCACUGUAGGCGUGGAGUUCUACAGCCGCGCGCUGCAACUACCCGCUGGGCUGCGAGUCAAACUGCAGCUCUGGGACACCGCAGGCCAAGAGUGCUUCAGGUGCGGCGAGAAGUGCAUCACCAGGUCUUUUUACCGGAACAUGGUGGGCGUUCUGUUGGUCUUUGAUGUGACGAACAGAGAGUCCUUUGAACACAUCCAAGCCUGGCACCAGGAGGUCGUAUCCACUCAGGGCCCUGACAAGGUGGUCUUCUUACUGGUUGGCCACAAGUGUGACCUGAACACCCGAUGCGUAUCCUCUCAGGAAGCAGAGGAACUUGCUGCCUCUCUGGGCAUGGGCUUCAUGGAGACCUCGGCCAAAAGCAACUGCAAUGUCGACCUGGCCUUUGACACUGUCACCAGCGCCAUCGAACAGGCCCUGCAGCAGGGGGACAUCAAGCUGGACAAGGACUGGGCGGGUGUCCGGCUCCUCCAUAGAUCUCCAAACCCUAGAUCCUCUAGCAGGAAGCAGGACUCAGGCACAUGCCAAUGUUGACUCCAGGAGAGAAAGGGUUAAAGUGGUAACUGCCUCAGACUCUCUGGUGACACAGGAGGACAACAGACAAAAAAAAAAAAAAAAAGACUAAUACCAACAGUCUCCUGACAUGUCCCUCCCUGCCUUCUAAUUCUUGGGAUUUUUUUUUUUCUUCAUCAGAAAUUCAACACAGGGCUAGCUAGCUAUAGACAGCCUCAACUCUUUUAUAUUUUCAGAAUGGAUCUUGAUACAUUGCCUAGUCUGGCCUUGAGCUAGUAACCUUCUUGGGUGCUUGAGAUUACAAAAGUAUUCCACUAGGGUAGACUCUCUCUGGGUUUUUAGUUCUCUGCACAACUCCGUUCUAGAGGAAAAAUCUAAGAUCAGGUAUGGGAUUUGUUGGGACUUGUGGUGGCACACAAAUACCUGUAAUCCCCAAGCUUGAAAGGCAGAGGCAAGAUCAGGAGCUUAAACACAUUCUCAGCUCCGUAGACAGUUCAAGGUCAGCCUUGGUGGCUGGCUCAGGGGUAAGGGCACUGGCUACUCUUCCAGUGGACCAGGCUACAUGCAAAGGCCAAUAGAGAUAGGCCUGCUCACUCAGCGCCUGCCAGCUUUGACAGGUGAAUGGUAAUACCAUGCUUCCGGGCUUCUUUCUUGGCUUCCACAUAGUUAUUCUGGCAGCGUUUCUGGGCUGGAAGACAGCGUCCCAGUGUCUGUCCACGGCUUUGCUGGCAAGGCAGUGUGGGGAAUUCUAGUGGAAGUUUUAGAGCUUCCCAGCCCUUAGUAACACAUGGUGCUUCUCCCAGCUCCCAACUCAAGCUCAGUGCCUAGAGUUGACUUUCAGGGUUGGCUGAGUGAGCAGCAGAUUUGUUAGGCAGCAUGGAGGUGUCACCAGGGUGUCUGCCGGGAGUACCAUUGCAUGAUGGACCUCGGGAUUCUGCGCUGCCUGGAACCUGACCAUCCUUAAGGCAACCCGCAUCUGUCUAUGAGAAUGGUGUUCAAGGCGUAGAACAUAUUCCUUUCAUCUCAGUACUGAGGAGGCAGAGAUAGGUGGAUCAGCCUGAUCUACAUAGUAAGUUUCAGGUUAGCCAGAGCUAUGCUACUCAGUAAGAUGAUAUCAAAACAAGCAAGCAAACAAACAAAAGAGGAGACAGGGAGGGGCCUGGAGAGAUGGCUCAGCAGUUCUGAGCCCUUGUGAAUAGUGUAGAGUAGUAAUUCAAUGCUUUGCAUCCACAGUGAGUUACAACCACCCAUCACUUCAGUCUAGCCUCCAAGGACACCAGGCUUGUAUAUGGCACACAUAUACAGCUAGCAAAACAUUCAUAUAAGAAGUGGCUCGGGCUGGUGAGAUGGCUCAGUGGGUAAGAGCACCCGACUGCUCUUCCAAAGGUCCAGAGUUCAAAUCCCAGCAACCACAUGGUGGCUCACAACCAUCUGUAAUGAGAUCUACGCCCUCUUCUGGUGUGUCUGAAGACAGCUACAGUGUACUUACAUAUAAUAAAUAAAUAAAUCUAAAAAAAAAAAAAGUGGCUCAGCUAGCUAGGUGUGGUGGUGCAUGCCUUUAAUCUCAGUACUUGGGAGGCAGAGGCAGGUAGAUCUCUGAGUUUAAGGCCAGCCUGGUCUACAGAGUGAGUUCCAGGACAGGUAGGGCUACACAGAGAAACCCUGACUCAAAAAAAUGAACCAACCAACCAACCACAAACCACAAACUACAAAACAAAAAUUAUCUGAAACCUAGAUUUCUCCAGGUGGUUGCAGCCAGUCCAAAGCCUUCAUGUUUGUCAUGGAAAUGGAUUUACUUACUUCUGGUCUGUGACAAUAAACAUUUAUAAUGUCUUGUGUCAUGUA